AUGGGGGCAUGUCUGGCGGACAGCAAGGUGGCGGCACCCGCUCCAACUCCGGCGGACAGCAAGGUGGCGGCAACCGGUACUCCUCCGGCGGGAAUGGCAACUCCAACAACCAUCGUCGCCGUGUCAGCAACGGCGGCGGUGGCACCGGCGAUGGGGCCCAGAACACCACCAACAAUGCUGCGCCAUGGCUGUCCUUGCAGAACCCAUGGGCCGGCUCGAUCCACAUGUGGCCCGGUCCACCACGGCCUUCUGGACAGGGCCUUCUCGGUCCAGCGCCUCCUGUUCCACCCGCCUGUUCCUGUUGACUUUGACUUCCUCUCCGUCGCCACAGCACCACCAGCUCCUACUCCCAUCGCCCGUCCCAUAGCUCCUCCUGCCGCAACACCGCAUCUACCUCUCCCUGCGCCCCAUGCAGCUACGCCCACCCAAACACCAGCUCCCACUGCAGUUGUUCCCGCCCAAACACCAGCGCCCACUGCUGCAUCCGCUCCUGCAGAGAGUCCAGUGCCUCUCUCGCUGGCCCAUGCUCCUCAGCCGGCUGCUAAGUCAGCCUUCCCUACAGCAGAUCCGGUCCCAGCUGCACCCAUUCCUCCCACCGCUCAGCCCAUCACUCCUGUCGUCAACUCCCACAGCAUGACGACCCACGGCAAGCACGGUUUCCGGUAG